AUGUCUAUGGAAUCAGAGUAUUGUCCCUGGGGGACCACAGAUUUGGCCGAGGGCGAGGCCUUCUGGCAAGCGAAUAUAGAUCCAAAAACGACAAUUUUUGGCUGGGAAGAAGGCUGGGGAGAUGCAAUUCUGCAGGGUUUCCAAGCUUCCAUUGACCCUUUUGAAGAUGUAGACCCAAUCAUCGACACCACAGGCUUGGGGCAGUCGUGGAGUAACAUGCAAGAAUGGGCCAACCUCUCAUUUCAACCACCUGCUCCUCAAGGAGCAGCCGUUGAAGACAUAGAACGGGAAACCAUGGCCAUGGGUGGGAUCCGAUUUGGGUGCUACGGAACGCUCCCAAAUGUCCCCAUCAAGUUGGUAGGAGAUAUGACGCGUUUGCGAGAAAAAAUCGACUUCUCAACAGCCUUUCAGUCAUUUCAAGUCACCAGAGAGGCCGAUUACUUCAUGCUCAAAUUCUCGGAGGACGAACUCUUUGCCCAGAUCAACGAGCAUGUUUCCCGAGGCCUUGCCGCACUCGAUGAUGUUCCGUCGGCCGAGAUAAUAGCUUUCGCAGAGACUAGUCGGAUCCAGCGCGUUCUCGACAGAGCAAAGAGACCAGGAGAAGCUACUCUGAAAGUAGAGGUCAAUUUGUACGGGUCCGUCGACGAGGCUGGCGUUGUCGGCGACAAACUCUCUACCGCAAAGCUGUUCCUCCAAGAUCCAGACCAAGGCAUGAAGGACAUCGAAUACUGCAACCCCCAUGUGAUACAGUUCCCCGGCAUCGAAGAGCCAGUUCCCGAGAUUGUGGAAACUGCAAUAGUCGAGGAGUCUUCCAAAGCGUCACAGACGGUCAGGGAGGGGGUGGACACAUUUGACCAUACGAUUUCGACCAUCUAUCAUUCCUUGACGCGAUUUCGAAACCUGGAAAGAAUGCAAGGAGGAGAACAUCUCCUCACCCCACUCUUGAAUCACCAAGAGACAGCUCUAUUCUUCAUGACCCAAAGAGAAUUCGGCCCAGUUGCGCCAGAAUACAGCUUGUGGGAGUACGAACGACAUCUCCUUACUCCCCUAUAUCGACAUAAAUUGACCGGCGAUGAAGCGGCGGAACCUCCGAACGAGCUGGGUGGUGGUAUCCUUGCCGAUGAUAUGGGGAUGGGCAAGUCGUUCAGUACACUAGCUCUGAUUACAUCAACCCUUGACGUGGCAACGUCUUGGUCGCAGGAAGGAGCAUCAACUUCUCGGAAAUGCCGUUCUAAGGGAACGUUGAUAAUCGUUCCUUCGACCUUGAUCAUGAGCUCGUGGUUCACGGAGAUUAAGGACCGGCUGGAUGAGUCUAUCAAGGUCAGCAAGUACUAUGGAAAAACGCGAAACUUGGAUAUGACGGAGUAUCUGAACAGCGACAUCAUCUUUACCACGUAUCACACGGUUGCAGCGAGCAUGGACAAGAACAAUAGUCUGAUAUUUGGGAUAGAAUGGUUCAGAGUGGUACUUGACGAAGCUCACAUGAUACGAAGACGAGAAACGACACUUUUCCGGGCGGCGACGCAGCUCUCGGCCAGGUUUCGAUGGUGCCUCACAGGCACGCCGAUACAAAACCACCUGGAAGACAUUGGCUCCCUGAUGGCCUUUCUCAAGGUCAACCAGUUCGAGAAUAGGGCCGUGUUCAGGAACCGUAUAGUGGUCCCAUUUGCGGAGGAUGCCGGUGCCGCCGCGAAGAACUUUGCCUUCCUGCUGGACUGUAUAUGCCUCCGACGAACCCAGGAGCUCCUCCAUUUGCCUCAGAUUGCGGAAAGGUACCAGUAUGUUACCUUGUCCAAGGAGGAGCGAACACAGUACAACGAAACGUUGGCGAUGAUGGCGAAGUACAUUCGAGAGAAAGCGGGCCGCAACCCCGAAAAGCGCGACCCCUUUGGCAUCUUCCAAGCGCAGCUACAACUUCGCUUGAUUUGCAAUCAUGGAACUUUCCAAAAGCCCUUUACAGAGCGGCACCGGCGCGACAAGAAGGUUGAGCGAGAGGACUUCCUCUACUCCUUAGGGAAGAACGCGGAAAUCACCUGCUCCGUGUGUGGCAUACCGAUUCCGGUGUUCGAUGUGCUCGGUGACUCGAAGACUUAUAGGCACCCGUGUGGGCACAAGCUCUGCCAGGAGUGUAUCUUCCAGAGUCGAGACGAAAAGGAAGCGCAAGGAGAAGGAGAAGCUUUCUGCCCACUGUGUCAUGCAAUGGUCACAUCGGAGCCCAGAUCUCAUCACGAGGAGUCGUCGCCCGGCAUCGAAGACGAGCUGGAAGGAUAUUUUAACAAGACCGGAAUAUCUUCCAAGAUCGAUGCGCUAUUGAAGGACCUGACCAUGAACUCAAGUGACACCAAGAGCAUUGUGUUCUCCUGCUGGACGCGAACUCUAGAUUUGGUCUCCGUUUACCUCCGGCGGAAUGGCAUCCUGUUCCAGAGAAUUGAUGGCGAUCAAUCACUCACACAGCGCAGAUCUAACAUGGACAACUUCAUUUCCGAUAGGACAAUCCCCGUCCUGCUUAUGAGCACCGGCGUGGGGGCAUUUGGGCUCAACCUCACAGCUGCGAACCAUGUCUAUAUCCUCGAACCGCAAUGGAAUCCAAGCGUCGAGAGCCAGGCCAUCGGCCGAGUGUGCCGGCUGGGGCAGAACAAGGCGGUAUCCGUGACUCGGUACUUGGUCCGGGGUACGGUUGAAAUCGUUCGUGUCCCCCUUUCUAUGGGUUUCUAUGACCCCAUCGCUGAUUUCUCUGGUAAGAAAAUGCACUCGCAACAGAUUCGGAAAGUCGAGCUCGCCAAGGUCGGCUUUCAGGCUGCUGACGACACGAUGGCAGAUGCCACUUGA